CCUUGCGUCAUGCGAGGGUGACAGUAAAAGAAGCAGGAGCCGCAAACACCGCUGUGAACGGCGAGCCACACCGACGCACUGACAGCCCAGCAUUGCACUCAAGACGUUACUGCACAGUCCAAUAGAGGAGACGCACAGAUAUGGCGGGGUUUCGCUGAGAAAGAAAAAAUAUCUAAGCAUUUAUUGUUCCUCGACGGUUUGCUCGGACGACCACCUCCUCUGCCCUUAUGUUCUUCUGUGGUGGGGAGAAAGGGCAGCGUUGAAAGACUUGGUUGAGAGCGAGAGAAAGAAGAAAGGACGAGAGUGAUUUUAAAACGGACAAUGGCGGACCGCGAUGCGCUGCCCCUUCCUUUGGAGGUGCGAGCCAGAUUAGCUGAGUUGGAGCUGGAGUUAUCGGAGGGUGAUAUCACUCAGAAAGGCUAUGAAAAGAAGAGGGCAAAACUACUCGGGGCCUACCUGCCACAGCCUCCAGGACUGGAGGCGUCGAUGGCGCACGAGCGCAGGCCUCCAAUGGGCCCCUCCUCCGCCUCCCGCUACCACCGUCGGCGCUCCUCAGGCACCCGAGACGAGCGCUACAGAUCAGACGUGCACACAGAGGCCGUGCAGGCCGCUCUGGCCAAACACAAGGAGCGCAAGAUGGCCGUGCCCAUGCCCUCCAAGCGCCGCUCGCUGGUAGUCCAGACAUCCAUGGAUGCCUACACCCCCCCAGGACUCUCUCCUCUCUCCUCUCUGCCCCCCCUGACAGACACGUCCUCGGGCUCGGAGGAGGAGGGCGGCCAGGGCGAGGGCACCCCCACCUCCAGCCAGGGCAGCGUCAGCAUGGAGCACUGGAUCAGCCGCGCCAUCCACCAGGGCUCCACCACCUCCUCCUCCUCCUCGUCCACCCAGAGUGGGGGCAGCGGGGCCGCCAGCCGGCUCGCCGACGUCCUGGCCCAGACGCACGUCGGCAAGUCAGGGCCCAUAGGGCACCUCUCGCUCAAGAGGAAAACCAUGUUCGGGGUUGCGGAGAACGGCAACUCGCUGCGUCGCUCCUGCGAGUUUGGAUCCGACCUCCUCUGGCCGCCACCCUUGGAGUCGGAUGAGAACCACUCGGCUCCUCCGGACGUCACCACCUACACCUCUGAGCUGCCGCCUCAGGUGGAGAGGCCACAGGUGUCCACCGUCCCCAGAACCACACCCAAAUACGGCAACGCCGAGCUCAUGGAGACCGGAGAUGGAGUCCCAGUGAGCAGUCGAGUGUCCGCUAAGAUCCAGCAGCUAGUGAACACCCUCAAGCAGCCCAGACGACCCCCCCUCAGAGAGUUCUUUGUGGACGACUUUGAGGAACUCCUCGAAGUCCAGCAGCCUGACCCCAACCAGCCGCGGCCAGAGGGGGCCCAGAUGUUGACCAUGCGCGGCGAGCAGUUGGGGGUGGUGACCAACUGGCCCCCAUCCCUGGAGGCUGCCCUGCAGCGUUGGGGCACCAUCUCGCCCAAAGCCCCUUGCCUCACCACUAUGGACACCAAUGGCAAGCCUCUCUACGUCCUCACUUACGGGAAGCUUUGGUCCCGGAGCAUCAAGGUGGCCUACAACAUUCUCCACAAGCUUGGCACCAAACAAGAGCCCAUGGUCCGGCCUGGUGAUAGGGUGGCCCUGGUGUUCCCCAACAAUGACCCGGCCGCCUUCAUGGUGGCCUUCUAUGGCUGCCUGCUGGCCGAGGUGGUGCCCGUGCCAAUCGAAGUGCCGCUCACGAGGAAGGAUGCGGGGAGUCAGCAGAUCGGCUUCCUGUUGGGGAGCUGUGGGGUCACGGUGGCACUGACCAGCGAUGCCUGCCAUAAAGGCCUCCCCAAGGGCCCCACCGGGGAAAUCCCACAGUUCAAAGGAUGGCCGAAGCUGCUGUGGUUCGUCACCGAGUCCAAACACCUGUCCAAGCCCCCGCGAGACUGGUUCCCCCACAUCAAGGACGCCAACAACGACACGGCCUACAUCGAGUAUAAGACCUGUAAGGACGGGAGUGUUCUGGGUGUGACGGUGAUGAGGAUCGCCAUGCUCACACACUGCCAAGCCCUCACACAGUCCUGUGGAUACACGGAAGCGGAGACCAUAGUGAAUGUAUUAGACUUCAAGAAGGACGUAGGACUGUGGCACGGCAUUCUCACAAGCGUCAUGAAUAUGAUGCAUGUGAUCAGCAUCCCCUACUCCCUGAUGAAGGUCAACCCUCUCUCCUGGAUCCAGAAAGUGUGCCAAUACAAAGCUAAAGUGGCGUGUGUGAAGUCCAGGGAUAUGCACUGGGCCCUGGUGGCCCAUCGGGACCAGAGGGACAUCAACCUGACCUCUCUACGGAUGCUGGUGGUAGCUGAUGGUUCCAACCCAUGGUCCAUCUCGUCCUGUGAUGCAUUCCUCAACGUCUUCCAGAGCAAAGGCCUACGGCCGGAGGUCAUCUGCCCCUGUGCCAGCUCCCCGGAGGCCCUGACCGUAGCCAUCAGGAGGCCCACGGACGACAGCAGCCAGCCCCCGGGUCGAGGGGUCCUGUCCAUGAACGGGCUGAGUCACGGCGUGAUCCGCGUGGACUCUGAGGAGCGCCUGUCCGUCCUCACUGUCCAGGACGUGGGCACUGUGAUGCCAGGAGCUAUGAUGUGUGUGGUGAAGCCGGAGGGAGUUCCUCAGCUGUGUCGAACGGACGAGAUCGGGGAGAUUUGCGUGUGCUCCAUCGCCACGGGAACCUCCUACUACGGCCUCUCUGGCAUGACGAAGAACACGUUUGAGGUGUUCCCCAUGAGUGGUGCUGGCGCCCCCGUCAGUGAGUACCCCUUCACCCGCACCGGCCUGCUGGGCUUCGUGGGGCCCGGCGGCCUGGUUUUCAUCGCUGGCAAGAUGGACGGCCUGAUGGUGGUGAGCGGACGCCGGCACAAUGCCGACGACAUCGUUGCCACGGCGCUGGCGGUGGAGCCCAUGAAGUUUGUCUACAGGGGCAGGAUAGCGGUGUUUUCGGUGACCGUGCUGCACGAUGAGAGGAUUGUGGUGGUGGCUGAGCAGAGGCCAGAUUCCACAGAGGAGGACAGCUUUCAGUGGAUGAGCCGCGUGCUGCAGGCCAUAGACAGCAUCCAUGGCGUGGGGGUGUUCUGCCUGGCCCUGGUGCCGGCCAACACGCUGCCCAAGACGCCGCUGGGGGGCAUCCACCUUUCGGAGACCAAGCAGCUCUUCCUGGAGGGCUCGCUGCACCCCUGCAACGUGCUCAUGUGCCCCCACACCUGCGUAACCAACCUCCCCAAGCCCCGGCAAAAACAGCCAGAGAUCGGACCUGCCUCUGUGAUGGUGGGGAACCUGGUGUCGGGGAAGCGCAUCGCUCAGGCCAGUGGCCGAGACCUUGGUCAAAUCGAAGACAAUGAUCAGGCAAGGAAGUUCCUCUUCCUGUCGGAGGUGUUGCAGUGGAGAGCGCAGACCACUCCUGACCACGUCCUCUUCACUCUGCUCAGCUCCAGGGGGGCUAUCUUGAGCUCGCUGACCUGCGUGCAGCUGCACAAGCGGGCGGAGAAGAUCGCGGCCAUGCUUAUGGAGCGAGGACACCUGCAGGACGGCGAUCACGUGGCGCUGGUCUAUCCACCUGGCAUUGACCUGAUUGCGGCCUUCUACGGAUGCCUGUAUGCCGGCUGCGUGCCCAUCACGGUCAGACCACCCCACCCCCAGAACAUCGCCACCACUCUGCCCACUGUGAAGAUGAUUGUGGAGGUGAGCCGGUCGUCCUGCGUGAUGACCACACUGGUGAUUUCCAAGUUGCUGAAGUCUAAAGAGGCGUCCGCUGCGGUGGACGUCAGGACGUGGCCUCCUGUCCUAGAAACAGAUGAUCUGCCAAAGAAGAAGCCCCCUCAGCUGUACAAGCCCUCCAAUCCGGACACGCUGGCCUACCUGGACUUCAGUGUGUCCACCACAGGGAUGCUAGCAGGAGUAAAGAUGUCUCACAGUGCCACCAGUGCCUUCUGCCGCUCAAUCAAGCUCCAGUGUGAGCUCUACCCCUCGCGAGAAGUGGCCAUCUGCCUGGACCCUUACUGCGGCCUGGGCUUCGUCCUCUGGUGCCUCUGCAGUGUGUACUCAGGGCACCAGUCCAUCCUGAUCCCCCCCUCGGAGCUGGAGGUGAACCCCGCCCUGUGGCUGCUGGCCGUCAGUCAGUUCCGUGUCAGGGACACCUUCUGCUCCUACUCAGUCAUGGAGCUCUGCACCAAGGGCCUGGGCCUGCAGACCGAGUCUCUUAAGGCGCGUGGCCUGGACCUGUCUCGGGUGCGGACGUGUGUGGUGGUGGCGGAGGAGCGGCCCAGGAUAGCGCUCACCCAGUCCUUCUCCAAGCUCUUCAAAGACCUGGGCCUCCACCCGCGCGCUGUUAGCACCUCCUUUGGCUGCAGGGUCAACCUGGCCAUCUGUCUGCAGCCUCACAGGCUGGGGAAGCUUGCUGAUCAGGGCACCUCAGGACCGGACCCGACUACUGUGUUUGUGGACAUGCGAGCCCUGCGACACGACAGAGUUCGACUUGUUGAGAGGGGAUCACCUCACAGCUUACCGCUCAUGGAAUCCGGAAAGAUUCUGCCUGGUGUUCGGAUCAUUAUUGCCAAUCCUGAGACGAAAGGGCCUUUGGGUGACUCACACCUGGGGGAGAUUUGGGUACACAGUGCCCACAACGGCAGUGGCUACUUCACCGUGUACGGCGACGAGGCGCUCCAGUCAGACCACUUCACCUCGCGGCUCAGCUUCGGGGACACUCAGACGGUGUGGGCGCGCACCGGCUACCUGGGCUUCCUGCGCCGGACCGAGCUGACCGACGCCAGUGGAGAGAGGCAUGAUGCCCUGUAUGUGGUCGGGGCCCUGGACGAGGCCAUGGAGCUGCGGGGUAUGAGGUAUCACCCCAUCGACAUCGAGACAUCCGUCAUACGCACUCACAAGAGCAUCACAGAAUGCGCGGUGUUUCCCUGGACCAACCUGCUGGUGGUGGUGGUGGAACUGGAGGGCUCGGAGCAGGAGGCCCUGGACCUGGUGCCACUGGUGACCAACGCCGUCCUAGAGGAGCACUAUCUGAUCGUGGGUGUGGUGGUGGUGGUGGACAUUGGCGUCAUCCCCAUCAACUCGCGCGGCGAAAAGCAGCGCAUGCACCUGCGGGAUGGUUUCCUGGCCGACCAACUGGACCCCAUCUAUGUGGCCUAUAACAUGUAGCUUGUGUAUGGAUGUGUGUGUAUGUGUGUGGUGAAUGAGUAUAGGUGUGUGUAUGUUUAUUUUUUAUUUACGCAAGACUGCAAAUGACCUCUUGGGUCUUCUUCAGGGGAGAGACAGAGAAAAAGGAAGAGAGAAACCCUAUCAAAGAGAAACUAAUGGGAACAGAGGAUCAUUGGCAAUGUUGAAUAUUCAAAGGAGACAGGUCUUGGAUGGGAACUGCAUGGCUUUGAAAAAAAAGAAAGAAAAGGCUGCUCCUGUUUUCCUCUCUAUGGUGGAAGAAGAACUCUCUCCCCAACCCCCCGUUGUAAAACUUGCUUUUUUGCUUGUUUUGAAUAUUGCAUUUUAUUUUUUUGAGAGAAAAAAACAAACAAACUGUGUGUGGCUGUUUUCAUGUAAUGUAACUGCUGGCGUUCGCUCAUUUUUAGUCAAUGGCGAAGGGUAUUUUUUGAAAAGAAAAAAGAUAUAUAUAUAUAUAUAUAUAUAUAUAUCGACAUACCGUGGCAAACUGUGUAACUUUAUGUUUGGUAGUUUUAUUUGAAGUAGCGUGUUGAAAGUAUACACGUAACAAAGCAAAACUUACCCAUUUGGUUCUUUCAUGGAAGAGGAGGUACGGAAAAAAAGGAUCUGUAUGUAUGUUGAAACCAUUCAUCUGCAAAAUUUGACAUUCUGAUUUUUGAUCUCUUUAAAUGUACUUGUCCCUCCCCCAAUUGGCUGGGGUGCGAAAGACCCCUGCAUUUUCGAUUCCUCCAUGUUUAAUAUCAUUGUACAAAGCUUAGGGUAAACACAAAGUCCAGUUGAUAUUGUGUAAUUAUGUACAGAAAAUAGUUCUUAUUUAUUUUGUUCUUUUUAGAAGUGUGUGAGAGAAGACAUUUGAACAUGUUUUCCUCAUUAAAUAUUGCUAAUAUAAAAAAAAACAAAGCAUUGUAUCAUCUUGAGUGAGUAGUAUCACAUCAAGUAUAUGUAAAAAUAUAAAUAUAUAUACAAAUCUAUAUAAAUAUAUAUACAAAAUAAGACCUAGGAAUCACCAAUGAAAAGUUUCAAAUGCAGUACUUCCCACUUGCAUGGUGUGUGUCACAGACAAAAGUGAGUUUUGAGAGUUACACACAGACAUGAAUAUCAAUCUGAUUCCAAUUACAAUGAAUAUGGAGAAAUAUGAUAAACCAGAUGUUUUAAAAAGGUGAAAAGUAUGAUGAAUGCAGACAGAAAAUGUGUGUUGCUGGGGUCAAAAUAUCUAUGUGUGUGUGUGUGUGUUUCUUUUAGAUGAAAAAGUCUAUCAUUAUGCCCUUAUCGAGUGAUAAAGAAUCUUUAAAAAUGUGCCUGGAAUUCUGUUUACACUCUGCUUUACAUAAUUCAAAUUCGCAUCACAACCUCAUAUGC